AGAGGAGCCGAGUGUCUCCGAGAGCGAGCAGAGCCCGACAUAUUCUGAACACCCUCCAAAUGUUGAGCCCGAGUCGUGAAGUGCAGCUCUUGAGGGGGGCGAGGUUGGAAGGGAGGGAGAAAACAGGCGACGAGGGAGAAAACAGGCUUCGUCCGCACUGAUCUCCUCCUCUGAAAGCAUCCAGCAUCCUUCACUGACCGCACCGACAGCUCCGACCGGCCAGCUAGAGGCUCAAAACAAUCGGCCAGGAUGGCGACAGUCAGUGUGAUCGCAUUCAGCCUUCUGCUCACCACAGCUCUCUCUGCCCCUCUGAAAGUUGACGAUGAAUCCGAGACCUUGCUCCACGGCAAUGACUUCAACAUCAUGCUGCCCUCACUCUCGUGGGAGGUCACGUUUCGGAACAGGUCUGCUCCGCGGUCGGGUGAUGUGUUACUGAUGCGUGACGGCAAAGUGGUCAACAGUCGGGUCAAACUCAACGCCAUACUCAGUCACCUCAUUGUAGACAACGUGGGUGAGGGAGACGAGGGCCGGUACACUCUGAAGAACCCAGAGAAUCCAGAGGACAUCAGACUCAUAACGCUUGUAGUCCGAGAUUGCUCCUUCGAUCAGUCCAUUAAAUAUGGAGACAACUUCAAUAUUCCAGUGUUAGGGGUGACUCCCCCCAUCACCCUGGAGUACAAGCCCAGUACUGUGGAGGCCAACCAGACAUCAAGACCUGCUCUGAUGCUGCUGACCAGCACAGGGAUGUCCAGGGACGGCUACCAGGGUCGCAUCAGCGUCAACGAGCGCCACGUCACCCUCAGCACUGGCACGGGCUCAGACGCAGGCAGCUACACUGUCAGGGAUGCCGAAGGUGUCAUCCAAAGCAAAAUAUGCCUCAACGUCAGAGAGCACCAAAACUUUGUGACCUUGCCACACGGUAACAGACUGAAGAUCAACCUGAUACUCAACAGCUCCUUGGUCCGUCUCUACUACACCCCGGACAAUGAUCGCAUAACCCGUCUGCUGCUGGACAAGGGAGAAUUCACAAGUGCCAGAGAGGAGCUGGGUCUCGAGGACCGUAUGUCUAUGGAGGGUUCAAUGGUUUAUCUGGACCAGUUCAAGGGUACAGAUGUAGGCCAGUUCAAAAUUACUGACAUACUGGGUUUCCCUGUGUCCAACAUCCACGUGAAGCUACAACCCUACAAGCUGGAGUCAGUGUAUGUGGCCAUCAUUGCCCUGUUGGGCCUGCUGGUUUUCCUGCUGCUGGUUUGUCUGCUGUCCUGCCUGAUCAAAGUGAAGAAGAGGGCCAAGAGGGCCGCUGUUCUGGAGAAGAUCGCCGAGAACUCUGGCAAAGAGGACGAGGGAGAGGCCUUCAGACAGGUGGUCAAGAACAUCACCAAACUCAGUGAGGAAUCCAAGCAUUCCCAGGCAGACAAUACAGAGAAAUCGCAGAGCACCGAGGUGGACAUUAAAGGUCUGGAGGUUUCUUCUAAAGAGGUCGGAGUCGGUAACCUUGACACCAGUGACUCUGGCGUUGGCUUUAACACCGCCCUCCCACUGGACACUGACACUGAUGCUGCUGAUCAAAACCUCGACUCUGUGGCUGAAGGCAUCUCUGAAUCCAAACCAAGUCCACCGUCUGCUCCUGCUGCUGAGUCCACGCCAAGCGCUCCACCAGCCCUGGAAAUAAAAUCCAGUCCAGUAGCUGAAACUAAAGCCUCCCCAGCACCCGAGACCAAGAAAACCCCCGAUCAGCCAGUGGAAGCAAAGUUGGACGUGCCCAAACCAGCGGAUGUUAAGCUCAGCCCAGCCUCAAGCCCCGAGCCCAAGGCUCGUCUGAGUCCAGCUGAUCCAAAGCCUGCACCCAGCCCGAGCCCAGAGCCUAAACCAGCUUCUCCCAAAGCCCCCACUCCAACACCUGAAAGUAAGAGUGCCCUGACUCCUACACCUGAGCACCCCAAACCAACCACACCAGAACCUAUUACCAAUGGUACACCUGAGCCAGGCCCGGAUUCCAAACCAAGCCCGGAUCACGCCGAUAUUAUCGGAGCUCCAAAAGCGGCUCCCCCUAAAACCCCUGAAGUGGAGCUGAAACCUAGCGGUGCCGCGCUGGAGGCCAGCAACGACGGCACCGGGGCUGAGGAUUCGACCACCACCACCUGAGAACUCCCCCGGGUAAAGAUCCAAUGGAAGCACCGCAGAUCUUCUCCAUCCACCGCCACUGUAGACAAUGAACCCCCCUACCAAAUAAUGAAGAAACCACUGAAACUGGAGGCGAGGACUUCCUUUUUAACACGUCUAAUGCCUGAACGCAGUAUUACUUUGAUAACGGUAUCUCACUCACACACUAACACAUAACCUUUGAGACUCAUAACCUUGAGGGCUUGUUGAUUGUUUAACAUUUUAGUUGUAUGCACCACCUUGCAGUUUUUAUGGUAACUUCAUGGUGAAACUGACAGACUGCAAAUGAAUUCCUUUGCAGAGUUUACAAAACUCCACAUAAGGUCUUUUUUAACAUGAUGACGUAGCAGAAAGGUUUACAACAUUUCAUUAAAACAAGAAUUUACUAGAAUUCCUUCUACCAUCUAAAAUGCUUGUUCCUCUAUCAGCAUGUGGAUAAAACAGACAAACUGCAUGCAAUUUUCAGCCAAUGAUAUCUCAAACCUACAAAAAUGUGUCGUGACGCUUUCCUCAAAACGGAAAUGAAAGCCCUUUUGAUCACACACUGUACAUAGCUGAAAUACAGACGCUUGUGCAGGUCUUCUUUCUUCAGACACAUCUGCAAUACAUUUUCACAUGUAAAAAAAAAAAGAUUAGUUUUGCAUAACUUUACCGACACAAGAAAACAUACUACUAACCCUACUAUUUAUAGUCUCUGAGAUUGAGAUUCAGACUCCCAGUGGAUAUCUCAGAUGAUUAAAAUGUGUUUUGCAGACUGAUCCCUCAAGUCCGGAUCAACCACUUUACUGCCUUUGAUCCGGAUUUCCCCAUGGCUCUAUAAAAAUCCCAUUAUUCCCGCAGUUUAAUAGCAAGCUCACGCCAGCAGCAACUCUGGCACUUAACGGGACCACCAUGUUCCCGCUGUACGUCGGGCUUUUCAGAGGUGAAAUGCUGAAUGAAAGCGUCUGGUGGGUUCAGAUAGAACAUGCUUUCUUUCUUUCAUUACCCUUCCCUCCUUCCUACCUUAAGGCUUUCCUUUUGCUGUCCUUCCUUCAAUGAUCGUCCCCUUUCUUUCCUUCCACCUUUGUCUCCUUUCCUUUGCUGGGCAUAAUUUUAACUACUUAUACUUACAGCCUUUGACAGAGAUUAGAAUCAUGACUUUAGUUAUUUAUUUUGUAUUCAAACUAGAUAUUUGGUUGUGUUGACCGUGACAGAAAGUAGUACCUGUGUCUUUGGCUCUCUGAAAUUUGGCAAAAGCUUAAUCAUUACUACCUAUCAUCUUUAAUGGCUCCAAAAUACUCCAGUGAGGCCUUUAUCAAUGGCACGACAUCAUCUUUGUGGAUGUUCAGUCAACACAAAAUAGUUGAAUCUCUUGUAAGGUCUUGAAAUGUAGGAAAAUCCAUCUCCGACCAACUGGCAUUUCUCGGUAGCUUUCCUGACUAAUAGAUUUUUCUUACAAGUAAAUUGAUAUCAGGCGAAACGUCAGCAUUUAAAAGAAGACCUAUGACCAGAUAGGUUUAGAUGUCAGAUUUGAUACUAAGAUCAAUAAAUAUUAAAAACAUAAUUAAGGGGCCUCAAUGUUGAAUGGACAAACAGAUGUAUUACAUUACAAAGGCUUUCUAAUGUAAAACAUGUAAAACACUAGAUCUGUGAAGGAACCACGAACCCAUUUUGGCGAUACUAACAAUUGUCUUCAUACACACAUAUACACACACACAGACACACAUUCCAGCCUUGUAAAUAUUGCAUGUGUACGCCGGUUUAACCCCCUCUAGGCUGAAUGUUUCUAGUGUAUAGAAUGGUUAUUGUAUUAUACUUAAUAAUAAAGAAGAAAACUAAUUUAAAUUUCUCACCAACCUUAAACCCAGAAUAUAAAAUAUAUACACAUACAGUACUAUAUACACUAAUAUUCACUAACGUCUUGAACUAAUUUAAGAACCAAAUAUUGUAAAAAUCCAUCAAGACUAUAUUAGAUCUUUUUAGAUCAAUUAUCUGCUGUUAUUGCCAUCCCAACCUGACGAUACUCACACAGCAUCUCUCACAGUAUUUACAUGUUGUAUUCAAAUGUUUAACCUAUGUCACUUAAAGACUGCAGCAUGCCCACAACAUGAAAACAGGCUUUUAUUGUCCUCAAGUUGUGUCUGUGUGUGUGACCAGAGGAGUGAUGUUUUAAUGUUGCCAUCAUUGUGUGUUUGGGGUUUCUGUAUGACGCACAUAUCUGUGAGUGUGAAUGAUUUAUGACCGAGUGUGUGUGCUGAAUCUAUGCAUAUAGGCCGUUUGUACAGAAAGACACAACUGUACUUUAUGUGUGCUUCUCCGUCUGUUGUGAGUGAGGUAUUCAUGUGCCUGCUUAAAAUCGUCCCGCAACGUGAAAAAAAACAAGUGCUGUGUUAUAAGUCAUGGGUGUGAAUGUGUUUAAAGCCACAAAAUAUUGUAAAAGAUAUUGUAACUUUGAGAUAUUUGAGUGACUCUUGUCUUUGUUUAGUGCCUAAAAUGUAUACUGGAUAGUUGGCCUGUAUUCUGUCAUUUGCCGACACUCCUAAUGGCACCUUUUUCCUAAUAGGUCACGAAAGCUGUUUGCACACCUGACUGAACAAAGUGGUACCACUGACUGGCCAAUGAUAUGCUAAUGUGUAGGAGGUAUGUGACAUAUUGUAUAAAGAUGACAUCCAGAGGACUCUGAGUAGCAAAAGGAGUGCUGAGUGUGCUCAAUUUGUGAGUUUGCUUUCCAUUUCAUUAAAGGGGACCUAUUGUGCUUUUUCCCUUUC